AUGGCUCGCAAGAUGAUCUCUGAGGGGCGUGGAGAAGAGAUACUACCCCGAGCUGCUUGUCAAAUAUUUGGACCUCCGGAUGUGAUUACCGCAUAUCGCUUCGACUCCUUGACUAGACGCUUGGCGGACGACGACAUGUUCUCUUCAGACUUUUCAGAGGACGAGUUGAAACAGAAGCUGGGACAUGUACAUGUCCCUGCUUUGCUUGUAGCCUCAGCUGAUGACGAGUACGUGCCCCGGACGGUGGAUGCCUCAGCACUGUGUCUUCGCAUGGCAGAAGCAAUGGCAGCUGGCGUAGCCGAAGCCGCGGAAUGUUUGGUGCUUGAGCAGGGCGGCCAUGGAGUGCGUGGGACCCAGGCAGAGGCAUACUUCGUAGAAGGGGUUGUGAAGUUCAUCAGCAAACUGAAUGCGGAUGCUGAUGGCCCAUGUCUUUCGCCGCUGACCUGGGAAGUGCGCUUGGCUGGUGCUCUGCGAGAUCGGGCAGCGUCUCUACCAGCAGGCCAGCCGCUUCUGGUGGCACUUACGGGCAUGCCAGGCUCUGGAAAAAGCAGAACCUCUCAGAUCUUAUUGCGACUUCUGCAGCCCGACUGCUUCGUGCUGCAAAUGGAUGGGUUCCACACAAAGAUGGCGGAUCUGAAAUGCAGACCAGAUGCGGAGAGCACAAUUAACAGGCGAGGUGCUCCGGAUACAUUUGAUGUUGCGCCUCUGAGGGAGGCACUUCAGAUGAUCAGGUCUGGUCCCUCCAAAGUCAAACUGCCUUGUUUUGAUCAUGCAAAGGGAGAUCCUGUGGAAGAUGCGAUGUCUUUCGAUCGGGACCUUCACCGCGUAGUCGUGGUGGAGGGCUUGUAUCUCCUACACAGGGAAGAUGGGUGGCAUGACAUCCCUGAUUUGUUCGACUACAAACUCUACUUGGAUGCUGAUAUUGAGGAGUGCAUUGACCGGGUGAAGGAGCGCAACAAGGUCAUUCCCGGCUACACUCCGCAGGAAAUCGAGCAGCGUUGCGAGGAGGUAGACAGAGCAAAUGCUGAGGUCGUCCGGCUGACAAAAGGUGCUGCAGAUCUUCAUGUGGGGCCCAAAGUGCCGCUCACACAAGCCUGA